UGGAUUUAAUAACUUUCAACAUGAAGACCCUAUUAUUCGCCAUCGCGCUCACCGCGCUCGCGUGCUGUGCGCGCGCGCAAGUCUACACCGACCGCUACGACACCGUCAACCUUGAUGACGUACUGGCCAACAAGCGGCUGACGGUGGCCUACAUCAAGUGUAUGCUGGACAAGGGCGGCUGCACGUCUGAGGGCCGGGAGCUUAAGUCUCACAUAGCCGAAGCGCUCCAAAAUGGCUGCGCGAAGUGCACCAAGGCGCAACGUGAGGGCAUGCGAAGAGUCAUCAAGCAUCUCAUCCAGCACGAGAAGGGUUAUUGGCAGGAACUUGUAGAGAAAUAUGACCCCAAACGAGUCUACACGCAGAAGUACGAAAAUGAACUCAAUUCCUUGUAGAAUUUGGCUGGAUUUCCAAUGACGAUCGAUGAUGUUGACCAAUAUGGCCUUUGAUUUUGAUGAUGCUGCUGACAAACUCUAUCUAAUAUGGACAAUCUCUUUCAAGGGUACGUACCGUAACUCAUGACUCAAGCAUAAAUGCAGUUUCUUCGAUUGCUUUAAUCUCAAUAUUCGUACCAAUCACCAGAUGGAAUCAAUGCUUAAAGAUUUCAAUCGAAUCCUUCAGUCAAUUUCAGUUUUGGGCGACCUGUCAAAAUCAACAACAUGUCAGCAGCAGAUAUCAAAUGUUUUUGUGAUCUUAUAAUGAUUAAGUUGUUAUUAGUUAAGUAGUUCAAAAGGUUUUCAAGUAGUUACCAUUCAUGAUGCGAUGAGUUGAGGUACUUUAGUAGACACACUGUAGAUACGCCAACUUCAAAAGUGACGUUUGACUCUAAAACUGCGUUUGACAGUUGUGUGACUUCAAAAUUAAUUCAAUUGUUUUUUAAGAUUCAUAAUUUGAAACUGUUAAUGGGCAUAAAUUAUUAUUCAAUUUGGUACUUUGAAAAAAGAAUGGAACUAUCGGUUAUGUCUUAUCUGUCAGAAGAUGGUUUCCCUUUUUGAUGUUGUGUAAGAAUUUACUACCUUUGCAUUGUAAAAUGUAUGCGACUGUUGUUUUCUGUCAUCUAAUCUUACUAUUUAAAUUUUUCAAUUUUUUUUUACAUAUUUAAUUGGUUUAACAUAAUGAAAAUUGUACUCAUAAACUUUCUCAUUUGUUAAUUGUUAAUCUUUUGUUUUUUGUAUUUAUA